UGAGACAUGCUUUGGCUGUCAAAUUAUAUGCAAAGUUUCGAAGUUCGCUGAUAGUUUUUACUUUAAAAUUAACAAAAAAUGCCGCUAAAAUUGUAUUAUGAUUUAAUGUCCCAACCAUCUCGAACAUUAUUUAUUCUUCUCAAAAAAGUCCAAUGUGACUUUGAGCCCAAAUAUGUGGAUCUCCGGAAAGCUGAACAUUAUUCUGAGGAGUUCACUAAUCAAAUUAAUCGAAUGCAGAGAGUGCCAGUGAUUGACCACAAUGGAUUUAUUUUAUCUGAGAGUGUUGCAAUAGUCAGAUACUUGGCCCAAGAAAAGAUGAUUCCUGAGAGCUUGUACCCAUCAGAUAGCAAACUACGGGCUCGGGUGGACGAAUAUUUGGAGUGGCAACAUGUAGGCCUGCGAUGGCACUGUGCCAUGUACUUUAGAGUUAAGAGCUUGGAGCCCGCUCUACUCGGGAGGCAAACAGACGAAAAGACGCUAGCGGGCUACAAGCGUCGCAUGUUGCGAGCGCUCGACGACUUCGACCAGAAGUGGCUCGGAAUCCGCAACCAAUUCGUAGUCGGCGACACCCUGACUGUUGCCGAUUUGUUCGCUGCCACGGAGCUAGAACAACCGCGGAUGGCAGGCUACGACCCCAAAGAGCACUACCCCGCCAUAGCGACGUGGGCCAAGAAGGUGCAAGAGCAUUUCAACCCUUACUACGACGAAGCCCACGUCACCGUCAACAAAAUCGCCACCAAACAGAUGCAGAUGGCAAAACUGUAAAAUAAAUUCAUUUAUUUCACUAAGGUGGCUUUUUAAAUAGCACUUUUACAUAUCCCAAUAUUUUUUGCAUUAACACUACCACUGGUUCGGGAAAAUAAUGUCGACAAGUGCAAAAAAAGCAGCGCAAGAAACCAAUAUUGUUACCCUUUUUUCUUAUAAAAUGUGCUCAUAAAAUCUUGUCUAUUUUGGUAAUAUUUACAAAGAGAUACAUUGUACAUUAAAUUC